AUGGCGCCCGUGAAUAUCGUCCACCUGCCCAACGGCCAGAACCUGACCGUCUCGCCCGUGUUCGGCGGCCUCUUCUUCAAGGCCAACCAGCUGCACAGCGCGCACUCGCCCUUCCCGCCCGGCUGGACCGUCGUGCUGAACUCGGAGGACGACCCCGACCCCGACCCCAACCCCAACCCCAACCCCAACCCCGCCGAGGCCGAGGCAGACGAGGGUGUCGAAGAGACGGGCCUGCCGCGACACGUGCACCGGUACAAGCGCCCCAGCCUGCACGGCGACCACCUCUACAUCUCGUCCGUGUCGAACCCCAGCAGCAGCGAGUUCCGGGCGGCCGCCUCGCCCACGCGCCACAUGGCCAUGAUGCUCUGGGCCACGCUGUACUGGUACUUCCACCAGCCCGAGCCGGCGCUGCAGCUCACCAACGCCCGGUCCAGGGCCACGGCCGAGGCCGGGAAGCCCAAGGGCGAGUGGCGCAUCCACGUCGACCGCGAGGGCAUCUUCAAGGGCCGCGUCGUGCUGCCCAAGCUCGAGCGCAUGGGGCUGAUCGCGAGCGAGGACUCGACCGUGGGCUGCGCGCAGGAAGAGUGCGCCCACGACGGCUGGACGCACAUGUUUGUCAGCCGCAGGAGCUUCUGGCAGCUGGACCCGCGCAUUUACCUGUUCACGCUCUCGCCCAUGGCCCACUCGCCCUUCUCCUCGGGCUCGCCCUUCUCCUCGCGCCCCUCGUCGCCCGUACCCAAGGCCGAGGACGCGAAAGAGCACCAGCUCGACCCCGCCUCGCCGGGCCUGUGGUCGCCCACCGCGCCGGGGCCCUUCCACUCGAGCUCACACCUGCCCACCUACUACCCCCCGCCGCCGACGCAGUACCUCGUCUCGAGCCACGUCCGCCACCCCGUCCGCCCCAAGCCGCCAAGGCAGGGCGAGGUCCUGUACACCCGCUACGUGCCCAGCGUGGGCCAGUACCUUUCCUUCCGCGUCGCCUCCCUGUCCUCGAAGCCGCUCCGUCACCGUGGCCCAGUGUCCUCGCACGAAAACGCCUCGUACCGGCUCAGCGGGCAGUCGCAGCCCGACUCGAUCGUCUCCUCGGUCGGCGCCCUCAACGUGAACAUGUCCGACUCCGAGUACCUGCACAAGUGGAUGAACGACCCGCGCGUGGCCCACUUCUGGGGCGAGGCCGGCCCCCGCGAGCACCAAGAGGAGUUCCUGAGGAACGGGCUCAGGUCGAAGAAUUCCUUCCCCGUCAUAGGCUGCUGGGACGGCAAGCCGUUUGGCUACUUCGAGCUCUACUGGGUCAAGGAGGACAGCCUGGGCAAGUACGUGCCCAACGUAGGCGACUACGACCGCGGCUUCCACUGCCUGGUCGGCGAGCAGGAGUUCAGAGGCGCGCACAGAGUCAAGCUGUGGAUCAGCGCGCUCGUGCACUACUGCUGGCUCGCGGACAACCGAACAGAGAGAGUCAUGCUCGAGCCACGAGUAGACAACGAGAAACUGGCACACUACCUCCAGGAAUCUGGUUUCUACAAGGAGCGCGAGAUCAGCCUGCCGCACAAGCAGAGCAAUCUCUUCAAGAUCAACAGAGAUGUCUGGAGAGGCCCAGCCUUGUGA